AAGCGUGAUUAUAUGGCUGAAAACAUGGAAAAACUUGUUGGCUGGCAGGCCGUGGAGGGGGGGUGGCAGAGGGUCCCCAGAGGCUGGAUAAUUCCUCUGUAAUAUGGAGUUGGGCGAGCACCCAGGCACUAACCAGCUUAAAUAUCGGCACAUCACGAGUAACUGAGUGGAAUGGGAUAUAAAACACUCCACGGUCAAGGUUUUAUCCACCAAGUGACACCCCCCAGGCCUGCAUUGUAUCUACGACCCAUUUGGCACAUUGCAAACCUUGGAAACCUGAUAUCACGCACCCCAGGCAGCCACCAUGACCCUCACACCUCGAACACGGGCCAUGAAGAACGUUUCCAUUGACCUAACAUGACCUGAUGGUUCUAAUAGUUGUAAACCCAGUUCAGGAGGCAUUGACCUUGGGUGGGCCAAGCCAGCAAGGGAUGUAGAAGUCACAAUGGCUGACCAACCUCAGCCAGAGAAGCCUCCCGGUAAGGUGGAUGGCAAGGGCAAGGAGCCGCAGAAGUUCCUCUACCUACAGCUACAGCAAGACAGGACAGGCGAUGGGACAGGGCGGGUGGCAACACUGGUGGGUGGCCGCGGGGGCACCGGUCCGGCCCACUUCAUCCCACUGACGGCUAAGCUGAACUCCAUCUCAGUCUUGGGAUCUGGGCCGAGGGCAUCCCGGGGCGCUGUGUCCAUGGCUGCCUCCCGCACGCUGGCCGCUGGCAGGAAGAACAGCAGUAGCACCAGCAGCACUGCCGUCGUCACCAUGGCAACUGGGCGGCCCGUGGUGGCAACAGCAGUGAGCGUGGCGCCAAUGCGAUGCGGCACAGCGACGGUAUCAAGCCCCAGGCCGGUCAUGGCUUCCCCCGUCACCACCGUCACUGCAAAGUCCAGCAGCUCAACGCCCAUCGUCCGCAAGGCUCACACGAAUGUCAUGGUGUCCUCGGGCAUCACCCGGCCCGCAACCUCACCCAGUGCCGCCACCAUCACUGUUUUGGGGGCCAGUGGGGGACUGUCUGGCUCGGCUCCUGUCCUGCGGCCCAACACAUCCCAGGGCGCUUCACCUCACCCGCCAGUCAUCCUCCACACAUCCAAGGUCCCCCAACCAUCCUCAUCGCCUUCCCCCGGAGCUGGCAAGGGCAUAUCACCGCGCCUUGUACCCAUUCCACUCACCCAGGUCCGCACGGGGGUCAGCAACAAGGCGGUUCUCUCCUACAGCGCUCUCCUACAGGCAGGGGCAGGUUCAGGGGUGGGGGGGGCAGGCCUUGGGGGUAGCGGGGCGGGGACCAACAGUAGCGUGAGUGGCGGCAGUAACCCCAGUGGCAAGAAGGAAGGACAUGCCUCCCCUCAGCCCCUCCUCCUCCAGACUGCGUCGGCGGGGGGGGUGAAGGGUGCCAGCCCCCUCGCCAAGACAGGCGCCGCGACCAUAAGCAUCAUCACGGGGAAGGGUGGCAAACAGUCCGGGGGGGUGUCGGGUGGCGUCCCCAAGCCAGUCAACAUGGUGGCCGUCAACCUGGGCCAGACCAAGUCCAACAUGAUCAACUUCAAGAUCUCAAACGGACAAAUACAGGCAGACAAUCUUCAGCCCAUGGACGCUGUGUUACGGGAGACUCGGCCAGUUCAGUCAGGAGGGAAACGAAGCGGAGAGGAGUGGAAGGAUGCCCCCAAGGUGGUCGGCGGCGCUGGCUUGGCACACGCAGUCGGGAGUGGCUCCGUGACCGUCUCCGUGACCGGCUCCGUCCCUGCGGCACUCAAGAUCCCCGAGCCAGUCAUCGUGCCGGUCACAGUGCCGUUGCCGCCCCCCCAGUCCCCCUGUGAACCAGUGCCUGGUGCCAUGCAAGAGGUGGACGGAAUGGGACACCUCAGGGACAUGACGAUGACCCCGACCAAAAGGGACAAGGAGGACCUACUUCAGAGGGCUGUGAGCACCCUGGGGGAUGUGCUUGAAGAGGAGGAAGUGGGGGAGGAGGUUCACACCCCCAAUAUACUCAGCCCUCCUCUCACAUAUAGCUUAGAGGAGGAGGAGGAGGAGGCUGGAGGAGGAGGAGGAGGAGAAAAGAUUCAAACCAUUCUCGCAAAACCUUUUCCGCAGCCCCUAAGCCCAGCGGGGACCGAGGAGGUGAAGGUGAAAAUAGAGGACGUGGAGACUACUACUACUACUACCUCAUUCCUCCCCAAGACCAGCGAAGACCUCAAACCCGAGCUGGUCAAGUUCUCGGACCUUCUCAAGUGGGAGGACGGCGUCGGGAAGAUGGACGGAAGCGAGCUCAAGUUUAAGGUCAAUGAGUUCAACGCGGUGGAGAUCGUGGAGGACCGGGAUUUGGAGGAGCUCAAGAUACAGCAGAUCAAGAGGACGGAGGUCGCUUCAACGAGACACCACGCACGGAAACCGAACUACAGGGACAUAGUGAAGGACGAGGACAUAUUCUCGGAUAAUUCACAGGACUCGGAGCCGCAGGGUAACAGGAGCGGGAAGGAGUCGUAUGAUAUCUGCUGCUGCAAGAACUGUGGCUGCUAUGGACUGAGCUCCGAGUUCUUCAGGGAUAGCAGCUUCUGUUCGACGGCGUGUGGCGAUGAGCAUGAUGCGCGUGAGCUGGAGUGGGGGAAGGAACGCCAGCGGCUGGAAAAGGAGCGGCAGAGGAGGCGGAGGCUGCGUCAGCUGGAGAAGGCAGGAGAGGAGGAGCAGGCCGGAGGGGACGGGAGUGAUGGGGAGGAGGCGGGGAGCGGCGAGGAGGAGGACAAGGAGGAGGAGGGUGGUAGCCGUUUCCAGCACCCCUGGCAGGAUGGGAAGAGCAGCUUCUCGUGGGUGAAGUAUCUGGAACACUGCGGGCGGGCCAAGGGGCUGGCCAAGGCCGCGCCCCUAAAGCUGUGGCCUGAGCCCUUCCCCUUUGGGCGCAACCUGUUCCGGACGGGGAUGAAGCUGGAGGCCAUCGACCCCGCCCACCAGUCCCUGUUCUGCGUCAUGACAGUCGCUGAGGUCAUUGGGCACCGCCUGCGCCUGCACUUUGACGGCUACUCGGAGCAGCACGACUUCUGGCUCAACGCGGACUCGCCCAACAUGUUCCCGGCCGGCUGGUGUGAGAAGAACGGCCGCCAGCUGGAGCCGCCGCUGGGGGUGCUGGGGUUCUCGUGGAAGGCGUACCUGGAGCACUGCAAAGCCCAGACUGCACCACGGCAGGCCUUCACGGGCCGGGCAGCACCCUCAGUGGUCACGCCCAACAAUUUCAGGGUGGGCAUGAAGCUGGAGGCCGAGGACCGCAAGAACGCGUGGGUGUGCGUGGCCACGGUGGCCGAUGUGCUGGACAACCGCGUGCUGAUCCACUUUGACGGGUGGGAGAAGGCCUACGAUGUGUGGAGCGAGGUAUCCUCGCCAUACAUCCACCCGGUGGGCUGGUGCAGCGAGGCGGGCGUGGUGCUGCAUCCCCCCAACAACUACCCCAGCCCCGAAAGCUUCAACUGGCACGAGUACCUCCAGGAGACCAACUCAAUGGCCGUGCCGGCGCGCGCCUUCAAGACGCGGCCGCCGCGGGGCUUCAGGCAGGGUAUGAAGGUGGAGGCCGUGGACCGCCGUAACCCCUCACUGGUGCGCGUGGCCACCGUGGCCGACACGCAGGACUACCAGGUCAAGGUGCACUUCGAUGGCUGGGGUGACGAGUAUGAUCUGUGGGUGGACGACGACUCCCCCGACCUGCACCCGCCCUCCUGGUGCGCCAAGACCUGCCACCCCCUGCAGCCGCCCCUCACGCCGGAGCAGCAGGCGGAGGAUGUGGAUGCCGGCACUGGCUGCGGCACCCCGGGCUGCAAGGGCGUGGGUCACGUUAAGGGGCCAGUCUACACCACGCACCACACGGCCUACGGCUGCCCCUACUCCUUGCAGAACCUGGCCAAGGACUCCGACGCCUUCAUCACUGACCGCCUCAGCCAGCCGCCUGAGAGAAAGAAGUGCAAGGUGGCCGCCCCCAAGGUGCGCCUCGACCUGCGGCCUUGUGGGUCAGCCAAAGGCGCAGCUGCCCACGACCUGGACGAGGCUGACGGCCACAAGAAGCGUGUCAGGAAGCGCAGGAAGUUCUUUGAUGAACUGAGUCCACCGGAGCCCAACCGCCCCCAGAAGGUGCCCAAGCUGGCCUCUGAGGACCCCCGGGUCAUGGUCCCUGGUGGUCCCCUCGCCCCACCUCCACCCAACUCAGGGAUGCCGCCCCAAGGAACUAUGCCCCCCAGCACCCCAUCCCCCUCUACCUCCAGUGGUCAGCAACCCCCUGUGGUGGGCCCCCUGCCCCAGCAGCCCCCUGCAGCAGCAGCAGUGGCAGCCCCCCAGGCAGACCCUGGGGUGGACAUGAUGGUGCAUCAAUCCGUGUUCAACCCUGGAUACACGCCGCACCCUGCCCCCCCGCCGCCCCACUCCUGGGAGCGGCACCGGCAUCUGACGGCGCCGCUGGGUGACGCACGGCGGUCGGAGGUGGAGGCCUGGAGUCCUGGGCAGGUGGAGGAGCUGGUGGGCCGCAUCCCGGGCUGCGAGGACGUGGCUACGGCCUUUGCUGACCAGCAGAUAGACGGCGAGGCACUGCUUAUGAUGACACAGAAUGACCUGGUGAGCCUCCUGCACCUCAAGCUGGGCCCCGCCGUCAAGAUCAUGGCUGUCAUCAUGUGUCUCAGGAGCUCACCCUGAGCCUAUGGCCUGGCCAGGGCUGAAGGUGCUCACUGGGAUCACUACAGCAAGUCUGUCGAUGUUUCUUGGCCACUUGGCGUUGGCGUCUGUGUUCGCCUCAUGCUGUUCCUUGGGCUGUGUUCUGACACUGUCCUCACACUCUGCCACCUCAGGAGUCAAGAAGGGUUGUGCGUUUGUUGGCAGUUACAGACCAAACAGUGACAAAGCUGCUCACUAGUGCUGUAGUAACAUGAAGGCCAGAGGCAAAGGGCCAUGCAGAGUUUCCAGCUGACUUGCUGGGAUGGGAACAGCCAUGCUGAGGCUGGCCCUGUGGUGAAGCUCAAGGUGUUGCCUGGCAGGGUGUGUGCCAGCCUGGGACUCUGCCUCUGUGUCUGGGGUGUGUGCCAGCCUGGGACGCUGCCUCUGUGUCUGGGGUGUGUGCAGGCCUGGGACUCUGCCUGUGUGUCUGGGGUGUGUGCUGGCCUGGGACUCUGCCUCUGUGUCUGGGGUAUGUGGUGUGGUGUGGGGUGUGUUGUUCUGCUGCAAUAAUGCUAUGCUUCGAGUCUGGCCGCAGACUGCACAACACCAGGCAGCAGGCAGUGACUCAGGGCUGCUGGCCUCCUCUCUUUCCUCCAUGGAGAAAGAGCUGCUAGACUCUCUGGAGCUGCUAGACUCUCUGGCUCACCCCGACUCUGGUUAUAUACCUCGCUACACUCUCUCAAGGGGAGCCAAAUCCUGUCAAGGUCUGUCGCCAGCAGUACUAACUCCUAAGUUUUAAGAAUCCUAUUUUUGUCCAUUUUCUUUCCCUUUAAUUUCUGUUUCAUUGUCAUUUUCUUUUCUUUAAAUUCCAUGGUAAUUUUAUUAUACUUUUAUUAUUUAUAUUUUUUAUUUAUAUAAACCAAUGCAAAUAGAUACUCUUGGAUUUGUUUGGGCCUCUUUUAUGACGAGCUCUUUGUUACUCUUGGGUGGGCAGGAAGGUGUCUCCGCCAAGCUGUGUUGUAGUGCCGGCAGUGUGCAGCGUCACCAUUGUAGUGCCAGUGGUGUUUGGUCAGUCACUGUUGUCAUGCCGACCGUGAGUGGUUAGUCACUGUGAUCAUUGUUGCGGAGCAUGACCCUGCCACAGUGCAAGGGAGGCCUGGACAUUUUCUCACCUCAGAGUCAAGACAAAGAAGAACCAGCAUUAAUAACAUACCUUUGAUUGUUGACAAAAAACUUACGAUACUUGAGGUCUUUGAAAAAAAUAUUCCUGUGCAUUUUUCAUGAUGAAGACUUUUAAAAUGAUUAUCAUAUUUUUUUAAGCUGAAAAGGCAGACAGACCUGCAGACAAAGCUGACAAUCAACUGAAUCGGUCGGUGGUGACGAAACUGAAAAUACAGACUGUCAUGCAAACCAAUGAGCAGUUACCCAGAGACAGAGAACUAGAGAAAGAAACAAGUUGGCACGGUCCUGUGAUUCUCAGUAAUUUUGAUGUGUACAUAAUGUAUAUUUGUGUGUGUGUGUGUGUGUGUGUGUGUGUGUGUGUGUUUAUUUCUGUGUUUGUAUCUGUGUGGGUGGGUGGGUGUCUGUCUGUGUGUGGGUGUGGGUGUGGGUGGGUGGAUAGGUGGGGUUAGACCUCAGUUCACCCAUCCAACACCCAUAUCCACCCAUAUAUUCCCCUAUUGUGUAUGCAUAUAAGGUGUGUGUGAUGGUGUCUUGGGUGGGGUGGCACCUCAGAGCACCCACCACACUUCAUGUUCAUCCCAGGGUCCCCUUACAGUGUGGUCCAUAUUGUUAAACGCACUGGGCUCCCAUGACGACUGUUUCCCAAGGGCACGGAGAAGAUUAACCGGGUUUUCAUGGGUGAUUUUCCCGUUCGUGGUGCAGAAGUCAUGUAAAACUAUGACCAGGAUCGCAAAACUAUCCAUGAAAAUCCCAGCAACUUCCACGAGAGGCUUUUCAAACAGGCAAACUGAGGUGCAGAUACGUUUGAGAAUACGGGUCUAUGUCCAAGGGGUGGGUAAGGCUGGGAACAAGUCACAUCACACCUCUAUCCCCACUCCACUACCGUGUGUCCUGGGCUGGCUGGCUCUGUGGGUGUGGUGCCUGGCACUUGCCCAAAAAGGUGUUGAGUUCCAUCCCAGUUCAUGGCAGCUUCCUUGGGUUUUUAUUCACCUUUUACUGUAUGUGUGUGUGUUUGUGUGCGUGUGUGUGUGUGUGUGUGUGAUAGGUGUGGUGGUUGACAGUGGAUGUAAAUUUGAAUUGCCAUACACAUCCCCUACCCCCUUCAGCCACUUCCUAUCCUCCGUGUGGCGUGUGUCGGGCCUGCACGGAGAUUUGCUCAGAAGAACCUCGGUGUUGUAGGGUGGGUGAGGUGACGUGCCCCCUGGUGUAUCCCUCUAUUGAUUGAUUUAUGUUCCUUUCCCUCCUGUGUUGUACAUAAGCAUGGAAUAGACUUUUAUGCAGUGUGACGAGCAAUGAUGUAUGGAGCGGAAACCUGGUUAGUGAGGAAAGUGCAAGAGUUGGAUGUGGCCGAAAUGUUAAUGCUGUGAUGGCUGUGUGGAGUAACAAAAACUGAGGAAACCAUGAGUGAAAGAAUGAGAGGAACAAUGAGGGCAGUAGAGGCAUUGAAGAGAGUACAGGAAAAAGAGUGUAGUGGUAUGAAGAAGAGACAAUGUAAAUGCUGUGGUGGCUGUGUGGAGUGACACGAACUGAGGAAACCACAAGUGAAAGAAUGAGAGGAACAACCAGGGCAGUAGAGACACUGAAGAGAGUACAGGCAAAAGGAGUGCAGUGGUAUGAAAGAGAAGACAUGCCUGUAGAAGAGUGACGGAGAUGGAGCUGCAGAGAGAGCCUGUAUUCUUAACCGUAUCGACGCCUCAGUUCGCCUGUUUGUAAAGCCUCUCGUAGAAGCUGCUGGGGUUUACAUGGAGUGUUUUGUGAUCCCAGUGACAGUUUAACACGACUUCUGCACCACGAAUGGGAAAAUCACCCAUGAAAACCCAGUUAAUCUUUUCUGUGGCUUUGGGAAUUAGUCGUAGAGGGAGCCUGAGACGUUUGAAAAUAUGGACCCACAGACAAAGACCAAAGCCAAGGUGGAUGAGGACACAGCUGUCACAGGGUGAUGCGCUUGUCUGGCCAGGUGGACGUGAGCCAUCAGUGUCAGGAACAUCUGCCACACAGGGAAACGGGAAAGGAUGUUCACAGAUAGAUAUUUUUAAACGCUGCACCUGUGAUCUCGCCUGCCACCUUCUCCUCCUCCUCCAUGUUCAUAAUUGUGUGUGUGUAUUUUCACCCAAUAAGGAAACAUUGCAAAUAAUAAGGAUGAUAAUGUGUAAAUGCCUGUGUUCAAAAUCAGCCAAGUUCCCUGCCAUGAUGUAACUUAAGAGAUUACACUGUACAUAGUUACUACUCAUUAUUAUUAUUAUUAUUGUUAUCAUUGUUAUCGUGCGUCGGCCCAGCUGGCGCCCCAAGACACUCGGAGUAAUGUACCAUGUAUGUAAUAAUUAUGCAUAAAAUGAACAGCUUCAAGUAUA